UUCCUGGCCGCGCCCCCUCACAGCUCUUCCCAGGCGCCUGUGGAAGCUGCUGUAAAAUGUCGUGAGGGACGUCGCCGCUUUGCGGCCGUCUCUGUGAGAAGCAGAGCCCGGGAGUGCCCACCGCAGUUAGCGGUUCUUUGAGCGGAGUCCUGAGCAAGGGCUAAAGCACUCGGGUGGGCGCGCUCCUGGCCCCUCCGCCGCGCCCGUGAGGGCUCCGGGAAAUGUGAACUCGAGGCAGCUGCUGUGCUCCCGGGCCUCGGGGAGGCAGGUGCCUGGGAGGCCGCCGGGGGGCCCGGCAGGAUGGAGGAGAGCAUGGAGGAGGAGGAGAUGCUCAGCUACGAGGCGAUGAUGGACGACCAGAACCACAACAACUGGGAGGCCGCCGCGGACAACUUCCGGCAGCCUCCACCGCCACCGCCACCGCCACCGCUACCGCCCUCGUCGUCUAUCCAGGAUCCCGGCCGAGAAGCCCCGGGGGGCCAGCUGCUGGCUGUGCCCGCGGGUUCCGUGGACAGGAAGGGCCCUAAGGAGGGGCUCCCGAUGGGGCCUCCUCCUUUGCCGGAGCCCAACGGGGUGAUCAUGAUGUUGAAGAGCUGCGACACGGCUGCCGCGGUGACCAAGGCGGCCCCCACCCCCAGCUCCGCCAUCAACAUCAACACCUCCACUUCCAAGUUCCUAAUGAAUGUCAUAACAAUCGAAGAUUAUAAGAGCACAUACUGGCCAAAAUUAGAUGGUGCCAUAGACCAGCUUUUAACCCAGAGUCCUGGUGACUAUAUACCUAUAUCCUAUGAACAGAUUUACAGCUGUGUAUAUAAGUGUGUGUGCCAGCAGCACUCGGAACAGAUGUACAGUGAUCUGAUUAAAAAGAUAACCAGUCACUUAGAACGAGUCUCCAAGGAGCUGCAGGCCAGCCCUCCAGACCUCUAUAUUGAAAGAUUUAAUAUAGCUCUGGGACAGUAUAUGGGAGCAUUACAGAGCAUCGUGCCUCUUUUCAUAUAUAUGAAUAAGUUUUACAUAGAAACUAAACUUAACAGAGACUUAAAAGAUGAUCUUAUAAAGCUGUUUACGGAACACGUUGCAGAAAAGCACAUUUACAGCCUAAUGCCUUUACUUUUAGAAGCCCAGUCAACACCAUUUCAGGUCACACCUUCAACUAUGGCAAAUAUUGUGAAAGGCCUGUACACUCUCAGACCAGAAUGGGUUCAGAUGGCUCCGACUUUGUUUUCUAAGUUUAUUCCAAACAUUCUGCCUCCAGCUGUGGAAUCUGAACUAUCUGAAUAUGCCGCUCAAGAUCAGAAACUUCAAAGAGAACUUAUACAGAAUGGUUUUACCAGAGGUGACCAGUCUCGGAAGAGAGCUGGGGAUGAGUUGGCUUAUAACAGCCCGUCCGCUUGUGCAGGUUCCAGGGGAUACAGAUAGUGACUGUUGAAGGACUUUUCUCCCGGAGAGAAGACACUGGAGCUGCAGACACUGUUCCAGGCACAGUGGGGCCUGCACCACUCAGGAGCUCUGUCAGAGGCUGUUCUCAGAGAGGAGCCACACUUCUUUCUUUGAUUUUCAGUUUUAAAAAACAAGAACUAACAAAAACAAUUGCUGCUAGACUUGAGGGUGAUUUUAAAAUGGGACAAUCUUUUAUUAAGUUUAUCUACAGAGCAAGUAUCUUGGAGAGUGGCUAUUGCUAAGUGAAGCCCAACAUGCAAAUCCGCUUCCUCCAAAAAAUACAAAAAUGAAAGAAUCUCUUUUUAAGCACUUGUCUUGUUCUUUUGUAGACUAGGCACAUGGUGCCUCAUGUCAAGAUAUCUUUGCUUUAAAACCAAGCAGAUGCUACAGUAAGUGUUUUCCCCGUGCCCCAAACAAUGUUUUAAAUUCAGAAUCGGUCUAUGUUUAGCACUAGUCUUAUGGAGGAAAAUGCUAAUAACUGCUUUCACUGUAACUUUCCCCAUCCGUUCACGUUUUUAACUCUGUGCCUUGAGCUUUGUGCACUUUUGCAACUGUGUGACCAUGUCAUCAAACUCACAAUGCUUCCCGGAGAAGUUGAUAUCCCAAACUGACCCACCAAGGCCUCUGUAGUGUGGGUGGAGCCCUGGUCCAGGGCUGUGUUACUGUAGAGAUUGUCCAACAGGGGGAGCUGCUCCCUGAAUCCCUCUAGGGAGCAGUGUUAGUAAAGCCAAACAAAUAUGGUGAGUAGUUCUUGGUCCAUCUCAUUUUAAUGGGUGCAGUUAGUAUUUGUAAAAGGUCAACUCUGCCCUGUAUCUUGUAAACAUCAUGUUUGAUAUUUGAAUACAGUAGGGAAGAGUUUGCACUGGUUUUUGAAGGCUUCCUUCAGCUGGUAAAGCUGAAUUUUCUGUCUCACUGCACCAACAGUGCUCUUUAGCUCCUCACAAAAGUCUGACGCUUACUCCAGGUGUUUUUUCAGUGGUAAACAAAAAAUAGACAUGGUGAAGGAAAAAUAUUUUUUCUCCUCAAUUUUGCUUGAAUGUGAAGUGAGCAUUGACUUUGUGCUUGCCCAGCUCUAGCCAGCGGUGAUUCUGAGCCUUCAGAGAAUGCCUCCUCAGGCUACUGCUGCGAACUCUGUGGGCAGAAGAGUUAGAACGUUGCCCUGAAGCAGUUCAGAAUUUGUAAAUGAUGGUCUAGAGGAGGAACAGUAAGAGCUGACAGCUUGGCUCUUUGGGGUUCUACUCAGCAGUUGGUAGAGUAGGAACAGGCAAGCUCUUACUAUGGCCUGCACAGCCUUUUCUGCUCUAAUAGCAAGGGAAAUUUUCAUUUUAUCAAGAAGUCCAAAGUUUGCUUUUCUAUUGGAAUGUUUGCCACAUGGUUGUAAUAUCAUUUGGAACUGGUUUCUUCUACAUGGCUUUAAUAUUUUUGGCAGUAAGCUUGGAACAUUUCUUGAAACAUAGGUAAGUAGCUCAGUGUCGUAAUUUAUACUCCUCCCCUGAAAGAGAGUACUUUUUUUUUCUCUAACAGAACCUUACCUAUAAAAGCAUUAUAUUAUGUAAACUGGCAUUAAAGUGGGUGCUUUUGUGUUACUAAAUUAAUGGAGAAGUAAUCGUACUCAUUCUGUGUUAGCACAAAAUGUACAGGGAAAUCCUGUAAAAGUCUUUGAGUUAGAGUUGGCUACAACUGUGCAGAUGCUGAAAGGUGUGGGGGAAAUGUGAUCCUUACAGUUUGUAAAACUUACUCAAGGUGAAAUUGGCCUCACUUAUUAAUUGAAAUUUUGACAGAAUUCUUAGUCCUCAACUAUGAGGAAAUAAAACCUGCUCUCUUCCACUUAGUAUUUCAAGAAAAUGUCUUCUUUUCAUGUGUACUUGUGUUCUUGCCAGUGCAGUGUGCACUUUUUCUAUUCCUGCUGAGGACUACUUAACCAGAUCCUCAAAGGCCAAAAAGUAUAGAUUGGUUAGCCAGUCAAUGUAAUGUAGUUGAUUUGGCUAAACUGGCAAGUGUGUACAUUUGCCUGAAAUUAAGCCCUUAAAAGAAAGCCACAAAUUGUGCGUUGUUUCUAGUUAGUGAAACAUUUCUGGUUCCCAUAACAAGUCAUUUACUCUCCUUUUUGCUAGGAUGAAGUUGGUUUGUGUGUAGGUGUAGAGUGCAGAGGAAUGGGUGCCCUUGGUCAUGACACUGCACAUACGUCUCCAGUGCUCAGACCUGUGUAGCUGCUGCUCCCCUUGUUUGCUUUUUGUCAGGUUGCAAAUUUGCACACGUGAAUGAUUCCUCAGGAACAAUUUGCACACUCCUCACUUCAUUGUACUCUGUAUAGACUAGACAUCAUCAAAGGUUAUCAGCACAAGAGGCUUCAUACAUCUACUAGCAAAGGCCAUGGCGAGCUUGCAAACAAACUGGUUUCUGCAGGUCAUGGGAAGAGGAGCACCUAGUGUUUAAAUGACCUCUCGGUUCUCCCUGUAAAUAACUUCCAGAUUUUGCUGUCUUAUUGAGGCUGUGUUUUGUUUUGUUUUCUCCCGUUUCCUCUCACAGUGGUUAAUAAUUUCUCUGGUUAAUUGCCCUUGAGCUAAGAUUCAAUUAUUAAGCAGCCAACAUUAAACUAAGCAUUAUUCUAUGAAUGUAUAUUCAUAGAAUAUACUAAUCUGAGAUAAUAAGAAACAACUAAAAAGCAAAAUAAAAAGCCUGCAUUAGCUAUCCAACUGUUAGACUGUUUAGAGUUUUGGGUUGUUUUUUGUUUUUAUGGUGUAUUCCUUGAGCUCGUAGCUUGGAAUAUUAUGUUUGCUUUUAUCCAAGUGGUAGGUCUCUUAAGGGGAUUUUAAAAUUCAAAGUUGGAAUGUGACACCGGUGACUGACACAGCUGAAACCAGUGUAGAGAACCUAGAGAACCUUUUCUGUUGUGAUUACUGUGUUCAGGAAAACUGUGCAAAAUAAAGUUCUUUUUUUUUUUUACCAGAAGUUACAGGGGUUCAUAGAGAAAUGGCUCUUGUGCUUUAAUUACCAUAUAAAAAUUUCCUUGGUUUCUCAUUCCCAGAAUAUUUGGAAGAAGGUACCUGUUCUUUCCCAAAGGAAAUGUCUCCUCUCUGGUCCCUUUGCUACUUAACUGUAGUUACUGCCUCCUCUCUCCUGCCCUAACUGAGACCUUAACUUGAACCUCUUUCCAGAGGGGUCCGCCACCUCACUGCAGUUUUAUAGAACCAUUCUGUGCAGUAAAGAACUUCACUUUAGGCUUGAUUCAUUUUUAGAAGAGUGAUGAUGGAUUGCACCUCUGGGAAAGUCGUCAGCAUGGGGUUAAGAGUUGAGUGGUUUGGAAAAAAAUAGUUUGUAUUGGUUCUUAUGUCAUUUAAAUAUUGUGACUAUACUAAGUGCAGUAAGACUGAAUGUUCUCCCAGGGUGUGUUUGGGUGAAUGGUUGACAGUGCCCUUGGCUCUUCUUUGUCUUUGUCAGUGUUACAGCCAUGCGAUUGCGGAGAAAUUAUUUAAUGUCACUUAAAAAUGAGGGACUGUGACUCAAACAAAUGCUCAUACAAAAUACGGAAAUCCCAUGCAGGCACCAAGCUUUUGCCGCCCACCAGCAUAGCAGAGUGAACAAGGCAUUGCUGUCCAGUUUCCUGACCAUUUGUCUUCUGACAUGGCAGAUCUGGUACUGUCGUUCACCCCUCCCUCCCUCCCUCCCUCACAGAACGUGACUGAAGCACUCACUCCCUGAGCUGGGGCACAAAGCAGCUGGCCUGAGCUCUCUCCUUCUAAACGGUUGGUGGAUUUUGAAUCACUCCUCUGUAUUGGGUGUAUAUUCUCACUCUAAAACAUUGUGGUUAACGAAAAAUAAAUCUUGUACAAAUGUC